GAUUCAUUCAUCAUGUUGCUCUCUGUGCUGCUGCUGUUGAUGAUAAUCAGCCAGACAGAAUCUGGUUAUUACGGUGCUGUGCUUUCAUACACCACUAAAGACGUACAAGGAGACAGAUUUACAGUUGUGGAACGUUUUAAGUUGAGCUUCAGCUCAUGUGAGGAGACUGAUUCAUGGUCUUGUUCUGGCUGUACGAAUGAGAUCGAUGAAAUCAGAGUUGAAUGGUGUCUGGAAGAGUUUACCGAUACCAAGAAGUUGACAGAUGCGGAUUUUGCCUCAUACUGGACUGGGUGGCUGAAUCUCAACAUCAUACAAAAAUACAUAAAAUUUUCAGUUGUUGCCAAGAAGAGACACAUUUUUCUAUCAGUUUUCUGGUCUGCUGUCCUGUAAUGUUUUCUGUGAAUUUUGAAUUCAGAAAGCUUUCUAAUAUCUUCUCUGACAGGUGGGUUGUGGGAACCUGGAUAGACAACAGAAACGACGCUUCAAAUGUACAAGCUAUGAUGCUUCGUGAGCUGAGAAAACGAUCCGACAUCAACAGAACAAACUCAUCACCUCAGACCAGCAUCAUCCCUGUUCUGAGAGUUCCCUCAAACUGUCAGAGGAACAUUGACCUGUUGACCUUUGACCCUAAUGGAGAUCAUGUUGGAUGCAGAUAUGCAGUUGACAUCCAGGAGUGCUACACCUGCACACCUCCACCUGUCCUCAGUCUCUCAUCACAGAACCGAUUCGUUCAUCAUGUUUCUCUCUGUGCUGCUGGUGAUGAUGAUGAUGGUCAGAUGGACAGAAGCUGGUUAUACUGGUACUGUGUUUACACACACCACUAAAGAUGUACAAGGAAGCAGUUUUACAGCUUUGCAUCGCUUUAAGUUUGGCCACAGCUCAUGUGGAGAGCUUGAGUCAUGGCUUUGUUCUGGCUGUAGUAAGAAGAUUGAUGAAAGCAGCGGUGAAUGGUGUCUGAGAGAGUACACCUGGUGGGACAGUAGGAGUUUCUACAAUACCUACUAUGGGUGGAAUACUGGCACCUGGAUAAACAACAGAAACGGUGUUUCAACUGGCGUCGCUGUGAUAUUUGUUGAAGGGAGAAAACGAUCUGACAUUAACAAACCAAACUCAUCACCACAAACCGGCAUCCUUCCUGUUAUGAGAGUUCCCUCAAACUGUCAGAGAAAUAUCAACUUGUUGACCUUUGACCCUGAUGGAGACCAUGUUCAAUGCAGACAUGGAUCCAAUCCCAGUAACUAUGAGUGUUACACCUGCACACCUCCGUCUGUCCUCAGUCUCUCAUCACCUUGUUCUCUAUCAUUCAGUCCAACCAACAGCAGUUAUGAAGGUUCAUAUGCAGUUCAGCUGGUGAUGGAGGAUUUUCCCAGACAGACCAUCACUCUGACCCAUUACAAUGGUUCAACAGUGUCAAUAAGCCCCAGCAGUUCUAUGAGCAGAAUCCCUGUCCAGUUUGUUUUCAAAGUGGAUCCUGCAGCUCCGUCCUGCACAGCAGGUGAAUAUCUGCCCAGGUUUCUGCCUCCAACUCCUGAACAUGGAGCUCAGUUCUUCAUAAACGUUACUGAGACGAUAGAAAUCAACAUCAGAGCAGAGGCGACUCAGUCUGUGAUCACUGAGCUCCUGUUCAGCGGACCGGUCAACAUGAACAAGAAUUCAUCUGGUUCAGGAAAUUUCACCCUGAGAUGGAUGCCGUCUGUCAGUCAACAUGAUGAAGAAGAAAGCCAUCCCAUCUGUUUUGCUGUCCAGGCAAAUGCCUCCAGUUCUAUCUACCAGUCUGAGCUUCGAUGUGUCAUUGUGACGGUUGGAAACAUAUCCUCCAUAGCAACUCCAAGUCCUCCUACAACAUCUCGUCUUACGGUUCUGCAGCUGAAGAUCUCGACUACGCUGUCACUGAAAGACAACAAGGAUGAAAUCGAGAAAGCGAUUAAAGAUGAACUGAUCAGUGAAGGGCUGCCUCCAGACAUAAAGGUCCGCCUGCUGAGCGACGGUUCAGUGAAGGUUAAUAACUAACCGCCCCCUAGUGGCUAACAAUGAGAAUGAAUCUGAUCCAUGCAGUAAAAUAUGGCCGGGUUUAUCUGUUUUAAAUUCAGGAAUUUAUGGUUGUCUUAGGUAAUGGGACUAAACUUAGUUAUGACAUUAAUCAGAAAAAGCAAAGUGAAAUUUUAUAUCUGUUUGAGAAUCUAUAUAAAAUAUGCAUACUUCAAAUAGAUAAAUUGUGAUUGUUUAUCAGUUACUAAUAAGAUAAUGAACAGACAAAAAUGUGAAUAAAAUCAAUAUUUAUGGCAGUUAUUUACUGAGGGUUUGGUUUUUCUUUAUUACCAUCUUCCAUGUGUAACAUUUAUACCUGUGAGGUUUUUAUUGACCUUAAUAUCAUGUCAUUUUCUGCAUGUAUUGAUAAAUAAUGAAGAUGGAUAUUUGCUAUGUAUAAUAGGGACGUUUUUGCAUUAGUUGCUUUUCUCUGUGAAGCUUGGGAAAGAAAACAGCGACUUCUUUAUCCUGGUUGAGUUGAAAAUGUAAUGGUAUUUCUGUGGAGCUCGUGUUUCGUAUGCAGCCAUUUUGCUUUGCAUGUUUUGUAUGUAGAGAGUCUAUAAACCCAUGUGGGAAUUUAUUUGAUUGUCUUUAGAAACAGCUCUUUAAAUAAAUAAAUAUUUCAAAAUUAA